AUGCAAUUACCAAGUGUUCUUAAUGAUAUCAAGAAGAAUAUUCACCAUCUUUCAGAUAAUCUAACAAAUGCUCCACCGCCUACGCCACCACCAAGUCACCCAUUACCUCCAGUACCAAUUUCAUUAUCAAACAACUCCAAGUGUGGCGCGUCCUCGCGCGCCACUUUCGCCAAAGCCUGGACACAAUCGCAAAGAUUGAAGGAGAAAAAUGUGCAAAAUCAACAACUUGUUGAAACACUAGAAUCUAUUCUAAAUGAAAACGAGAUCAAUUUGAAUUUGGCCAAACAAGAAUUGGCAAUUAUCCAAAGUCAAAAAAUGGAUUUGAUUAGACAGGUUAAAAGUUUGAAAUCUCAAUUAGAUGAAGCAAAAGAUGAGAUAGAAAGCACAAAAUAUUCAGUUAAAAGUGAGAAGCAAGUUAUGGAAAAAGUGUUAGAAAAAUCAGAAAGAGCAAGAGUCGCCUUAGAAAACCAAAUGGAAAAGCUCAUGGCAAAAAGAAACAAAUUUAUGUGUUUUUAA